AUGCUGGCAGUUUUUGCCAGUGCCCUUCGUUCCAUCGCACCGCCGCUCGCCAAGUGCCCUGCCAAAUCCGCUAUGGCCACCCUUCCAAAUGGUCUUUCCAAGCCCGACAGGAGCAAUCUCGUCCCCUUUUCGUCGCGGUUGAAGGAAGGAAGAGCACUUGCACUUGAUGUCUGGACUAUCUUCAGUGCGGCCAACCUGCCCUCAGACUGCAUCAAUCUUGGCCAGGGAUAUAUGAACUUUGCGCCACCGAGAUGGGUUACCGACGCUGCUGAGGAAGCACUUAAUACCGUUGCUCCAAACCACUACUCCCACCCACGAGGUCGCAUCCGCCUCCGCGAGGCCAUCAAGGCCUUCUAUGGACCCCAGCUCAACAACGAUCUCGACGUGGAAUCUGAAAUCCUCGUUACCAGUGGCGCCAACGAAGGCCAGUAUUCGGUCUUCACCGCAUUUUUAGAACAUGGAGAUGAGGUCAUUAUGUUCGAACCCUUUUUUGAUCAGUAUCUUCCGUCCGUAACCUUCAAUGGUGGAAAGCCCGUCUACGUGCCGCUCCAUCCUCCUAAGGCCUCCAUUGAGAAACCAACUAGCGAUGACUGGACAAUCGAUUUUGAUGAACUUCGACGCGCCGUUACUCCGAAGACGAAGAUGAUAAUUGUUAACACACCUCACAACCCUGUUGGGAAGGUUUUCAGGAGGUCAGAAUUGGAAGCCAUUGCGGCUAUUGCUGAGGAGUUCAAUCUCCUUGUGAUGUCGGAUGAGGUGUAUGACUGUCUUGUUUUCGAUGGAAAAGAGCAUGUACGCAUUGCGACCUUGCCUGGCAUGUGGGACCGUACAGUCACCGUCGGGUCAGCGGGAAAGGCGUUCGCAGCCACUGGAUGGCGUAUUGGCUGGCUUAUCGGACCAAAGUCUAUCAUACAACCCACGUUGGCUGCUAGUACGCGGAUCGUCUUCUGCUCGAAUUCACCCUUGCAGGAAGCGGCAGCGUCUGGCCUCGAGCUAGCGAAAGAGAAGAAAUUCUUCGAGAAGCAACUGGAAGAGUAUGCAGAGCGGCGAGCCAUCCUCUGCGAAGCCUUUGAUAAACUCGGACUCAAAUACACGCUCCCGGAAGGCAGCUAUUUCAUCUUACUGGACAUCUCAGAAGUCGAGUUCCCAGAAGAUUAUCCCUUCCCAUCUAGUGUAUUAGGCAGAGGGCGCGACUUUCGGGCCUGCUGGUUCAUAGCUACCGAAGUCGGAGUAUCAUCUAUUCCAGUGAGCGAGUUCUAUUGCGAAGACCACGCGACCAUCGGGGAAGCGUACGGUCGAUUUGCGUUUUGCAAGGACGUCGACACUCUGUGCAAGGCGGCAGAGAAGCUCCAGGGGCUGAAGAAAUACCUGAAGUAG